CGGACUGCUUGGAUGCGAGUUAAUAAUUUUUUAAUGUUGGAUUUUUCUAAAGACUGGAUCUGAAUUUGCUGCUGCAGCGAAAAUAUAUUACUGCAAUAGCAAAUUACAGUGAAAUGUAAAGAAUUUUGAAAAAUGGGUAAUUAUCUGACUGUUCAAAUAACAUGAAGUUUUCGUCACAGACAAAUUUCAACAUGAAGAUUCAAAUUCUAUGAUCCAUUUUUAGUUAAUUUGUGUAAAACGCUAACUCAGAAUCAAGAAUCUUUUGAGUCAAAACAAGUCGUCGCAACUUAUUGCUGAAAGUGAAAAAGUUAUGAAAACUCUUGGUCUUUGAAAAUUAGGGCAAAAGAUUGAAUGCGAAUCCCGGCAUUAUCUUUGUCCUUUUUGGGAAGAUUUCAAGGGCUAGUCUCUCCGAAACAGUCUCCUUCGCAUAAGACCUGCCCCUUUACGUGUUAAAAACAUAAAGUACUUCCGCAAAGAUGCUGGAUUGGAACCUCUGCUAUCUCUAUGACCUCUGCACGGCUAGAACUAAGGGAGUAUGACAACAAGCAUAAAAGUAAUUUGGACAUUAGAAUGUCAAGUUAAACUCACGUGAAAUGGAUAACGAGUUGCAUAUCAAAUACCAGAAGCUUGCACAAGAGUACCAAAAGCUGCGGGCUCAAGUCAGUGUUUUAAAGAAAGGGGUUAUUGAUGAACAGACAAAUAGCAAAUCUUUGCAGGAGCUGGUGAAGCAAAAAGAUCAAGUUGUAAGAAAAUAUGAGCAGGAGAUUGAUAGUUUGCAAUUUAGAAAUGACCAGCUGUCAAAAAGAGUGGAGAUAUUACAAGGAGAUUUGGAUGCCUGGGAAAGAGGAAAUGGCAAACCAAAGCCUGCACAAGAUUACAGGCAAAAUGAAGUGGGGCGAAGUGUUCAUGCCCAGGAGCUGGAGAUGAAGAUAAAAGAGAACGAAGGCCUUCAUGAGCAGCUGCAUGAUGCCAAUGAGCAACAUCACCGUAUUGUAAAAGAACUUGAGGGCAGAAUAGAAUCCUAUGAACGGACUGCAGCUGGUCAUAACAAAUCCAUUGAAGAAACAAAUGCAAGAUACAAUAGAGUGAUAGAGAGGCUUCAGGAAGACAGAGCUUUGCUUGAAGGUAGAAUCCGAAAACAGGAGGAGGAGCUCAAGAUCGCAAAUAUCAUGAUAGAUAAAUACCAAAAACAAAUGAAGGGAAACCAGAACGAUUUAAGGACAAAGCUUGAAAAAGCGAAUCAUCUCCUGAAGGGAAAGAUUCCAUUUCAUGACACAGAAAAAGAGAACUUGAAUCUACUGAAUGUGCCAGUUUGCGAUAAAGGCCAUCAGCUCCAAACCAGGUUUCUUGUGGACCAAUUCACAUCGCUUUUCAUACAGUUCAUGUCCAGCCUUUCCGAUUAUCAUACCUAUCUUGAACAGGCAAGUCGCUGUGUCUUUUUAUUUCAAUAGAAUUAAGCUUAUUUUAAAUCUACAUUUUCGAUAGUGUCGCAAAAGCAAUCUUCCUGUACAACGUAUUCUAUGUAAGGAAAAAUGGCAAGUUUGAUUGGGUCCUUCUUUUGAUCAAUGGUAAAAGUUCACGCCUUGCACAUUGUGAUAAGCG